AUGUCUAGAACCGUCGAGAUCAAAUCGCCUGCACAACUGAGCUCUCUGCUCUCCUCGUCGCGCGUCGUAGUAGUAAAUUUCUACAACGAAGAAAACACGUCGAGCAAAGCCAUUGCGCCUGUAUACGAACAACUAGCUGGCCAGCUUACACGGCCCGGACAGAUCACCUUCACCAAAGUCAGCACAGUGCAGCAAGCACAAAUUGCACAGAGCUAUAAUGUCACCAACACCCCGACAUUCAUCAUCUACAAGAACAACCAGCAGAUAAAGAAAUACGCCGGCUCAAAUCCCCAGCAACUUUCCGAAGCGAUCAAAACCCUCGCCGCAGAAGCAGAGAACGAUGGAAAGGGAGGCAGUAGCGCUUCCGGUGCAGGCGGAAUCACCAGCGGAAGUGGUGCGUGGAUGGGCGCCAGCCUACCGCGCGGGUACACCGAUGUAACCGACUCGGUUGACCCACGCGGCCUCGAUCUCCUCAACGCGGACAGCGAUUUCGGCACCGUCAAGACGCUUUUCGAGACAUCACAACCUAGCUCGCUCGACAAGGGCAAGGGCGCAUCGACUGGCUCAGAAGGUAAGAAGGACUGGGUAGAGAGUGAUGUGGACAACCAGCUUAUGCUGUACGUCCCCUUCAUGGCCAACUUGAAGGUCCACACGAUUCAGAUCACAUCGUGUGUGUCCGGAGACGAAGACGACGACGAGGCGCCAGUACGGCCGAAGACCAUUCACGUCUGGACAAAUCGGGCGAACAACCUAGGCUUUGAGGAGGCUGAGGACAUCCCAGCGACUCAGACAAUUGAGCUGAAGCCAUCAGAUUGGGAUGAGGCGACACAAACGGCCAAGCUCGAACUUCGGUUCGUCAAGUUCCAGAACGUCUACUCACUGGUACUUUUCGUCGCAGAUGGAGAAGGCGACAGUGAGAAGACGCGCAUCGAUCGUAUUCGCUUUGUUGGCGAGACCGGCGAGAAGCGUGAAAUCGGCAAAUUGGAGAAGAUUGGUCAGGACGACUAG